CGGGAGCGCGCAGAGAGGACAAUGCGAGAGCGCGUCUACACCAGUCCCAGAAGUGUCAAGCUCGUCGACGCAUACAGAGGAGUGGCAAGAGCAAAGAUUAUUCAUGCUAUUCAAUCAAUCAGGGAUGGGUGAGAACAAAAGGACAAACCAAAGAGCUCUCAAACAAUAUAGUUUUGGCCGUGGAGAAAGGAGACGGGGCAGAGAUGAGUUUAGCUCCUGAAGACACCACUCCACUGCGUUCCGGCCUGGCUGACUAAUUGCCUCCUGCUAUGUGGAACCAAUGUGAAGGACAUCUCACUGGAAGCCACAGGAGCUUUGUGAAGCCAGGGGGACACAAUACAUGGAGAGAUGACAAACCAAUCACUGUUGAUGAGGAAAUUGGAACCUCAACCCAGCACAUUAUCUUGAUUGAGGAUGCAGAGGCUGCAGGUCCUGGGGUCAAGCAGGAGAAGUCUGAAGGAGAGGAGGACCCACAGCGCAGCAGAGACAUCCAGAUUGGAGCGCCCCCUGAAUCCACGGAGGACCUCGCCGCCACACCCCAGCCCAAGACCCGACGCAGCAUCAUGGAGGAGGAGGAGGGUCCAGAGAUGCUGCUGGUGAAGGAGGAGGGGUGUGAGGAGGGUCUGGGGAACCCUGAGGGGACCAUGGUCAUGGAGGACAACCAGACUACACCUCCUCCUGAACCCACAGAGGAACCAGCUGAGCAGCACAGGACCACACACAGUCUCAAUGAGUCAGUAGACAUGGAGGAUGGGAAGCCUGAUCUUCUGCUGGUCAAAGAGGAGACAAUAGAGGAUGGACCAGAGAGCAUUGAUCUGCUGAGUGAACUAAAGAUGGGGGAGCAAGGUGGUUGGCUGGGGGCUAAAAGAGGAGAUUGGGCGGCCAUCUUGGAUUCCCAGACUGGUGCAGCCAAGGGCCCAGGGGACGACAUCACUGAGCAGGCCAGGACCAGAGGCGAUAUAGUGGAGUCAGUAGACAUGGAGGAUGGGAAGCCUGAUCUGCUGCUGGUCAAAGAGGAGACCAUAGAAGAUGGACCAGAGAGUAUUAAUCUGCUGAGUGGACUAAAGAUGGGGGAGCAAGGUGGUUGGCUGGAGGAUAACAGAGGAGACUGGGCGGCCAUCUUGGAUUCCCAGACUCAGAAGGGUGCAGCCAAUGGCCAAGCAGAGGUCAGUGGAUGGGACAGCGUCCUCAUCUCUGGGCUGGGGAACAACACUGUUAACCACAACCAGAAACAGAAACAGACAGUCAAAAACAAAACAACAUCCAAACAUAAUCUCAAUGACAACAGACUGGCUGAGACCAGGACGAGAUUUAGAUUUGGUCUGCGGGGACGGGGAGGUGUCCGUAUGCGGCAGGAGAGAACAGACACAGACUCUGCUAGCGAAGCUCCGUCCUGCUCCUAUAGUUGUGAUUCAGAGAGACUGAUGGCGUCUCAGAUUAACCCCCUAACAGGUGCUGCCUUCAGCCUGCCUUCUAUAGGAUCUAUCAACUGGAACAUGGACCCUGGGAGAACACAGACACUCCCUGGCCUUCAUCCUCACAUUCCCCUAAUGUUAAAUCAGACCUCAGACAAUGCCAGUGCCUCAACACUAAAUGGAUACACAAGCCCGGUGACAAAUGACAGUAGUAGUAGUAACGCUAUCAGUAGAUCCAGUGGCGAAGAGAAGCGUUUCCCAUGUUUAUUCUGUGGGAAAGCCUUCAGUUUCCCCAAACAGGUGGAGAUCCACCAGAGGAUACACACGGGUGAGAAACCCUUCAGCUGCCACCUUUGUCAGGCCAGUUUUUCACACUCAUCCAGUCUGAAGAGGCACCAGAGGAUGCACACCGGGGAGAAACCAUUUGGCUGCCACCUGUGCCGAGCCAGUUUUUCCCACUCAUUCAACCUGAAGAGGCACCAAAGGGUCCACACAGGGGAGAAACCGUACAGCUGCCCCCAGUGUGAGAAGAGGUUCUCCCACCAGCACCGGCUGAAGAUGCACCUGAAGGUCCACACAGGAGAGAGUCCGUUUGCCUGUACGCAAUGCGGGAAGAGGUUCUCAGAGAGGAGCUGCCUCAUGAUACACCAGCAGAAAAUGCACACGGCCCAUGUAUAGAGUAUAGUGAGAUCACCAUCUAACUGAGCAGCAGCAGUUAGGGAGAGCUAUUCAUACAAUUGUAUUAUUUUUGUUCAAUUAUUUUGUUUAAAUGUAGUGCUGUGUUCUCCACAUCUGGAGAUAUUAGUAGAUGUUUUUCCUUUGAGAACAUUGUUUGAUUUUGAGAGAGAUUGAUCAACCUGGCUCUAAAGGCUAGCUAGUCUACUAAGUCAUCUUGAUCAUCUGGCAAGAAGCAAUAAGGGCAGGAUUGAGGGACUAGGGCAUCAGGACAACGAGAAGAACGAUGAGGAGAAAUAGUGGAUAAAACCAACAUAAAAAAGGAAUUGAUUUGGAGGAUUUCUGGAGGAUUUCUAAAGGAAAGACAGUACAAGGCAUUGGAAAGUCAACAAACAAACAAAAACACACACAAAGGAGAGGUAGGAUAUCAUAGAUCUGGCCCGGGUAUCCUGGAAGGAUAUUGAUCUCAUCACGUCAGUAGAGGAUGCCUGGUUGCUCUUUAAAGUGCUUUCCUCGUGAUCUUAAAUGAGCAUGCCCCAUUCAAAAAAUGUAAAACUAAGAACAGAUAUAGCCCUUGGUUCACCCCAUACUUGACUGCCCUUGACCAGCACAAAAACAUCCUAAGGCGUACUGCAUUAGCAUCGAAUAGCCCCCGCGAUAUGCAACUUUUCAGGGAAUAAGGUAAGCUAAGGCUAGCUUUUUCAAACAGAAAUGUGCAUCCUGUGGCACUAAUUCCAAAAAGUUUUGGGACACUGUAAAGUCCAUGGAGAAUAAACGCACCUCCUCCUAGCGGCCCACUGCACUGUGGCUAGCAAACACUGUCACCACCGAUAAAUCUACGAUAAUCGAUCAUUUCAAUAAGCAUUUCUCUACGGCUGGCCAUGCUUUCCACCUGGCUACCCCUACCCUGGCCAACUACGCUGCACCCCCCGCAGAAACUUGCCCAAGUCCCCCCCGCUUCUCCUUCACCCAAAUCCAGAGAGCUGAUGUUCUGGAAGACCUGCAAAAUCUGGAUCCCUGCAAAUCAGCUGGGCUAGACAAUCUGGACCCUCUCUUUCUAAAAUUAUCCGCCAAAAUUGUUGCAACCCCUAUUACUAGCCUUUCUAACCUCUUUCAUAUUGUCUGAGAUCCCUAAAGAUUGGAAAGCUGCCACGGUCAUCACCCUCUUCAAAGAGUUGAGACACUCUAGGCCAAAACUGUUAUAGACCUAUAUCCAUACUGAAAUGCCUUCUAAAGUCUUCGUAAGACAAGUUAACAAACAGAUCACCGACCAUUUCGAAUCCCAACAUACCUUCUCUGUAGCCUUCAACACUCUACUCAGCAAAUUGGAUGUAGUCUAUCACAGUGCCAUCCGUUUUGUCACCAUAGCCCCAUAUACUACCCACCACUGUGACCUGUAUGCUCUCGUUAGCUGAACCUCGCUACAUAUUCGUUGCCAAACCUACUGGCUCCAGGUCAUCUAUAAGUCUUUGCUAGGUAAAGCCCUGCCUUAUAUCAGCUCACUGAUCACCAUAGCAACACCCACCCAUAGCACGUGCUCCAGCAGGUAAAUGUCACUGCUCAUCCCCAAAGCCAACACCUCUUUGGCACCCUUUCUUUCAAGUUCUCUGCUGUCAAUGACUGGAACGAAUUGCAAAAAUCAUUGAAGCUGGAAACUUAUCUCCAACUCCCAACUGUAAGCAUCAGCUGUCAGAGCAGCUUACUGAUCACUGUACCUUUACACAGCCCAUCUGUAAAUAGCACACCCAACUACCUCAUCCCCAUAUUGUUACUAAUUAAUUUUGCUAUUUUGCACCCCAUUAUCCCUACUUGCACAUCUAUCGCUCCAGUAUUAAUACUAAAUUAAUGCUAAAAUCUCACUACAUUUGCACACACUGUACAUAGAUUGUUUUGUGUUAUUGACUGUACGUUUGUUUAUCCCAUGUGUAGCUCUGUGUUGUUGUUUUUGUCACAAUGCUUUGCUUUACCUUAGCCAGGUCGCAGUUGUAAAUGAGAACUUGUCUUCAACUGGCCUACCUGGUUAAAUAAAGGUCAAAUAAUAAAAAUAAAAAAAUAUCAGGACAGGCUCGCAUUCAUGGAACGGUGUCAAACAUAUGAAAACCACGUUUGACUCCUUUCAUUCCAUUCCAGCCAUUACAAUGAGCCUGUCCUCAUAUAGCUCCUCUCACCAGCCUCCACUGACAUGCAUCAAUACUCAAAUUCUAAAAAUAGCAAUGACAACAGUAGCAGGAGCUUGGCAUAUUCCAUUUGAUCUACCAGCAGAAAAAAAAACUCUGAACAUUAUAAACAACAUCACAAACUAAAUCUGCUGAGGGAAAAUCCAGAAACAUUGUUGGCUGAUUACACCCUAAUUGGAGACUGUUGACAUCAGCUAACCGCUCGCCCACAUGACGCCAUACACGCUGUCUGCCAUCUGCCCGGUACAGUUGAAACCAGGAUUAAUCCGUGAAGAGCACUCUUCUCUUGGGUGCCAGUGGCCAAUCGCAGAGGUGAGCAUUUGCCCACUGAAGUCGGUUACAAGGCCGAACUGCAGUCAGGUCAACAAGCAUGCAGAUGAGCUUCCCUGAGAUGGUUUCUGACAAUUUGUGCAGAAGUUCUUCAGUUGUGCAAACUCACAGUUUAAUCAUCUGUCCACGUGGCUGGUCUCAGACCAACCCGCAGGUGAAGAAGCCAGAUGUGGAGGUCCUGGGCUCGUGUGGUUACACGUGGUCUGUGGUUGUGAGGCAAGUUGGACGUACUGCCAAAUUCUUUACCAUAAACCACCUCCGUCGUUUUUAGAGAAACAAACAUUAAAUUAUCUGGAAACAGCUCUGGUGGACAUUCCUGCAGUCAGCAUGUCAAUUGCCCGCUUCCUGUAAAACUUGAGACAUUGGUGGCAUUGUGUGAGUGGCCUAUUAUCCCCAGCACAAGGUGCACCUGUGUAAUGAUCAUGAUGUUUAAUCAGCUUCUUGAUAUGCCACACCUGUCAGGUGGAUUGUUUAUCUUGGAAAAGAAGACAUGCGCCCUAACAGAGAUGUAAACCAAUUUUUGCACAAAAUUUGAGAGAAAUAAGCUUUUUCUGUUUAUGGAACAUUUCUGGGGUCUUUUUUUCCAGGUCAUGAGAAAUGGGACCAACACUUAACAUGUUACGUUUAUAUUUUUGUUCAGUAUAUUCUUUAAAGAACAAGUUAACUAGUGACUUUGAGCAUGCGUUUAGGGAAGGGCACUCAACUUGUACUGCAGUGACUCAGAUUACUGAGAAUUGCCUAAAAUAAAUGGAUAAUAAGAUGGUAGUUGGUGUUGUAUUAGAUUUCAGUGCAGCAUUUGAUGUUAUUGAUAAUAAUUUGUUAUUGAAAAAACAAACUUAUGGCUUUACAUCACCUGCCAUCACAAGGUUGGAGAGUUACUUAUCCAAUUGAACUCAACGGAAGCUUCUCUAAAAUCAGAUAUGUACAGUGCGGUGUCCCUCAAGGCAGUUCCCUUGGGCUGUUAUUCUUCUCUAUUUUUACUUGUCUUACCAGAGGCAAAAAUGACUAUGUAUACUGAUGAUUGCACACUCUACACAUCAGCACUCUACACAUUGCACACUCUACACAUGAGCUCACUGAGACUCUUAGCAAGGUGUUAUAGUUAGAGUCAGAAUGGGUAAUUAACAAUAAACUGGUCUUAAAUACAUCUUAAACCAAAAGCAUUCUCUUAGACCUAAACCUCAACUGGAGUUGUGCAUAAAGGGUGCGACCAUUGGACAAGUUGAAGAAGCUGAACUCCUAGGAGUAACAUUGGAUGGUCAAGUCGUAUUGUCAAAUGUGUUGUUAAGAUGGGUAGAGGUAUGUCUGUUAUAAAAACAUGUUCUGCAUUUGAGACAAAGAUCAACUGUACCAUUUGUUCAGGCUU